AUGUAUAUUGGUUGUCCUGCUGCUGCUGCUGGUUAUUCUGCUGGUUGUCAGGUGACAGUUCACUCACUGUCGUCUGUGUUGUGUAUGUUGGAGAAGGUUUCAACGACAAACUCCGAUGAGACAAACAUCAACCAACAACAAGAGCAAGAACAAGAAGAUAAUCCAUAUCUCUCCAAACCAAGAUUUAAUGAUCUUUCACCUGAAGACAAUGCAAAUAUAUUUCAAAAGCUUAGUUUUUCAUGGGCUCAACAAACAGUUGAUAGAGGCAUUGUAAGAGCAUUAGAGUUACCAGAUAUACCAAAAUCACCAUCAUUCCUUCAUGUUGAAACAUCUUCAAAAAAAUUAGAUGAUUUUGAUUGGAGUAAAAAAAACGCAAUUAUUCGAAAAUGUUAUCAACAAUUUGUUUUUAAAAGCAAAGGAUUCAUUGCCAUUAGAUUACUUACAGUUCUUGGUUCAUUAAUUACACCUUUUAUUUUACAACAUUUUAUUUUAUUUAUUCAAAACAAAUCAGAUUAUCCAAGUUGGCAAGGAUGGUUGCUAUGUAUUGCAUUGUUUGUAUCUAGUACACUCAAUUCAGUUGGAUUGCAACAUGGAUAUUGGUAUGGACUUUUACUUACCCUUCAAGUCAGAGGAUCAUUGACAAAAAUUGUGUUUCAAAAGAUGUUAAGAUUAAACAACACUUCUAAACGUUCCUACACUGGAAAACUUUUAAAUCUUGUUAGUGUUGAUAUAGAAAACUUUUUAGAUUAUUUUUGGAGUAAUUGUGUUGAUUUAGUUAUUCAUCCAUUACAAGUUACUUUAUUAUUGGCAUUGUUAUGUUAUUAUAUUGGAUUGGCUGGAUUUUUUGGAUUCCUAGUGAUGGCUCUUAUGAUUCCACUUAGUACUUUUACAAGUACAAAAGUAACAAAAUAUUUUUUAGUUUCACUUGAUUUUUCAGAUGAAAGAAUUAAAUUAAUUGGAGAAUUUAUAAAUGGAAUUAGAUUUUUAAAGUUGUAUAAUUGGGAACAAUCAUUUAUUGAUCGUAUUCAAAAGUAUAGAGAUCAUCAAAUGGCAGCGCAAUGGAGGAAAUUUUUCUUUUGGUCGAUUGAUCAAACCAUCAUUCAACUCAGUAAUGGAUUGGUAUUGUUUGUAGCAUUGUCAAUCUAUACGAUUAGAGGUAACGAGUUGACAGCUGCCAUUGCAUUUACAGUCAUGACUAUAUUUGUCUUGCUCAGAGAACCAAUCAACAAACUGCCAGAAGGGUGUCAACGUCUUCUCAAGGUACUGUCAUCGGGCAGACGUUUGGAGAAAUUUUUAAAUGCACCAGAGACAUCGACCAAGUCACUUACCGAACGUUCACUUGGUGGGUUUGAAAUUGUAAAUGGAGAAUUUAGUUGGGAUGAUAGUUCUAAUUUUGAUGAUUUCGACAUCGAUGAAAAUGGAAAUGAAAAGAAACAAGACAAAGAAAAAGAUAAUCAAGAUGACAAGAUGGGGUUGGAUGAUGGAGCCGAUUCUUUAAUGAUGGUUGAAAUGCUGCCAAUCGCAGAGACACUUGGUAUUGAAGAUAGAAGACGAUCGGUACUCAAGAAUAUUAAUUUCCUUGCACCUCAUGGCAAACUGACCAUCAUUGUUGGAAAGGUCGGCGAAGGCAAGUCAUCACUAGUGUCUGCACUGAUUGGGGAGAUUUCAAAGUUGGGUGGAACAGUGUAUGUUCCCGGGUCGAUUGGGUAUACUCCUCAAGUAGCAUGGAUGGUGUCUGGUAGUUUGCGAGACAACAUUUUAUUUGGUAAACCGUAUGACAAGGAAAGAUAUAUUAAAGUGAUUGAGGCAUGCUGUCUCAAACCGGAUCUUGUUCAAUUGGCAGCCAAAGAUUUAACGGAAAUUGGUGAAAAGGGUAUCAACCUUAGUGGUGGUCAAAAACAAAGAAUAUCAUUGGCUCGUUGUCUCUAUAGCAAUGCCGAUUCAUACGUUAUGGAUGAAACAUUGAGUGCUGUCGAUUCAGAGGUUGCCAAACAUCUCUUUGACCAUUGUAUCACUGGUAUGAUGGAUGGCAAGACACGUGUACUUGUCACACAUCAACUUCAAUUCCUUCCUCGUGCAGAUCACAUUGUCGUCGUCGAACAAGGAGGUCAACUCAUUCAAGGAACUUAUCGUCAACUAAAAGAACAAAUUGAUUUUGAAUCAAUCCUAAAAUCAAAAUUAUCUUCAAUCAACAAAAAUGAUGGAGAAACUAGUGAAAAUGAACAAGUAAAAGAAGUAAAGAAAGAAAAUGGCGUGGAAAAUAUUGAUCAAGAGAAUAUUGAUGAAGUAUUUCAAGAUAUUAUUGAUGAAGCAAAUGUUUCUUCAUCUUCAUCAACUCCAGUUAUUCAUCAUCAUCAUCAUCAUGUUGAAAAGAAAGAAAUUAAUAUUGAUCAAUGCAUUUACAUGGAUGAAGAUACAACUGAUGAAAAUAAUAUAUUAAAAUCAAAAGCAAAAUUAUUUGUACAAGAAGAAUCAUCAAAAGGAGAAGUAAAAAAGGAUAUUUACUUGAAUUACUUUAAAUCUGGAGCAAGUACAUGGUUGUAUGUAUUGAUUUUUGUGACUUAUUUUUCGAGUCAGGCAAUUUGGCAAUCAUCAGAUUAUUGGUUGGUCAUUUGGUCAAAUCAUAGUAUUCAACCAGAACCAGGAUCUCGAUUCUAUCUACUAGUGUAUAUGGGAUUCUUGAUUGGUUUUGCUGCACUCUUGACAGUCCGUCAUCUUAUCAUUACUAGUAUGGGUUGGAAUGCAUCUAAAUCACUCCAUCACAAGCUUUUGAACAACGUAUUUUAUAGUAGUUGUGCAUUCUUUGACAGUAAUCCUGCAGGUCGUAUUUUAAAUAGAUUUUCAAAGGAUAUUAAUGAUAUCGAUGAAACUUUGGUACAAGCCAUUUCAGAUAUUCUUUUUUGUGGUUCCAAUGUCAUCCUGUCACUUGGUAUUAUGAUUUAUGUCAACCCUUGGAUCUUACUCCCUUUUAUACUAUUACUCUUUGUAUACAAUUAUGUUCAAAAGAUGUAUCGUGCAUCUUCAAGAGAACUAAAGAGAAUGGAGAGUAUUGCUCGUAGUCCAGUUUACUCUCAGUUGACAGAGACGUUCAAUGGGUUGCAAUCGGUACGUGGGUUUGGUCAACAGGCUAGAUUCACCUCGGAAAUGUCCAGUCGUAUCGAUCUUAAUCAACGUCUAUUUUACCAUAGUUUCUCGGUGAAUAGAUGGUUGGGUGUACGUCUCGAAGCUCUCUCGACUGCCAUGGUCCUGCUAUCAUCUAUCUUUUCAAUGCUGAGUGCUAGCUCGAACCCGGGUGCAGCUGGUUUGGCCGUGUCGAGUGCCAUUGGACUCACGGGUGUGCUCAACUGGACCAUCCGUCAGUACACCGAGCUCGAAGUCAAGAUGAACAGCGUCGAGCGUGUGCUAGAGUACGUCAACACCAAGCCCGAGGGUGCCCGCGUCGUCGAGAGUAACCGUCCGCCCGCCAACUGGCCGCAAUACGGUGUCGUCGAUUUCGAGGACGUCGAGGUGCGCUACCGCCCGACCAUGGAGCCGUCGCUGCGCGGCAUCACCCUGCGUGUUAGCGCGUCCAACAAGGUCGGUAUCGUCGGUCGUACGGGCGCGGGCAAGAGCACCAUUGGCGUGGCGCUCUUUCGCAUGCUCGAAUGUUCCAAGGGCGUCAUCAAGAUUGACGGCAUCAACAUUGGCGACAUUGGCCUGUCGGACCUGCGCUCCAAACUCGGUGUCGUCCCACAAGAGCCGUUUAUCUUUUCCGGCACCGUUCGUAUGAAUCUCGACCCUUACAACCUCUACACUGACCUGCAGUUGUGGGAGUCACUCGAGAAAUCACAAAUCAAGACGAUUGUGCAGGCCAUGCCCAAUGGACUCGACAGUCUGUUGGACGAGGGUGGCGACGGCUUCUCGGUUGGCCAAAAGCAACUCUUGUGUCUGUCACGUGCACUCUUGCGUGAUGCCAAGGUCGUCCUCAUGGAUGAGGCCAGCUCGUCGCUCGACUACCACACCGAUGCCAUCAUCAAGCAGGUUGUCCACGACAACUUUAAGCAUUCCACCGUACUGACCAUCGCUCACAGACUCGACACUAUCAUUGACAGUGACAAGAUCCUCGUAGUCGACGCCGGCCGUGUCAUUGAAUAUGACCAUCCAACAGUCCUACUCGAAAAUCCAUCUUCCAAAUUCACUCAACUCAUUCAAGCUCAAUCCCAUCUUUUGGAUACAAACCACAACAACAUUACUCCUGGAGGUCAUAUUCCAAAUGAAAUUAAAUCAAAUUAA